ACCGAAACUAUCUCGUAACCGUAUCUCAGGACUUUGUCUAAACUUGUAGGGAACACAAUAAGGUAUUAAUCGACCAGAACUCGAGAUCUUGAAUAGUUUUAGUUUACUGGGAAUCGGAGAAAGACUUUGAAACUAUUUGUUUGGCGAGGAUUUAAUCUCGGAAAAGCUAGCGUUCGUUGCGUCAUUGUUGAGAAGAUUAUGGGAAGGAAGUCGCUGUGUGUGUUGUGUAUGUCAAGUCUUCCUGAACAAAACUUCCUAAAAUGACGCUUCUCUGACGUUUUUUUAAAACCCUUUUUAAGUCUUUAGUUAUUUUUAUAAUUUCCAACGUUUUAGAGGAGACGCAUUACCACAAUGACAUUCACUUACAACCUCUGUGCCCUACUAGUUUUCACCAUAACAGCAUGCAGCCGUUUUGAGCCUGCCCUCUGCUCUGCCCGCUGUGGGCAUUCCCUUCAAGUCUUAGACAGUAAAGUGGGAGAGAUCAGGAGUUCUGCAUACCACAGCUGGUCCUACCGCUUCGGCUCUACCUAUGACUGCUGGAUCAUCAAGGGUUCGGAAGGAGAACCUAUUGUUCUCAGCUUUUCCCAGUUUUCAGCUCGAUGUAAGAAGGAAUGGGUGUCUAUAAAAUCAUCAGCUGGCGGUGAACCCUUUGUCCUUUGUGGCUCCAAGUUGCCGCAACCAAUGGAGUUACCAGGGGGAAAUAUUACAGUGACGCACCACUUCCUCCCGCAUCUGUUCCCUGUGUCAUCUUUUCUGUUGAACUACGCCAGAGACUCUGGUGAAUGCCCAGUAACAUCCUUUGAGUGCCUGGGGGGCCGCUGCCUUCCUUUCUCUUGGCGCUGUAAUGGCCAGGUGGAGUGUCUCAGUGAAGGUGCUGGCCUCGGCACAGAUGAACAGGGCUGUGAUGCAGAAGUUGACACCCCAGAACCCCCAAAGUAUAGCAGCACACAAGCAGAAGAGUCCCAAGCAGAGACGUACACAGAGAAGAACCAUGAUAGGGACUCGGAGAGGCGUAAGGCUGAAGAUAAGACACCCAAGAGAGAUACUGAGUCUGAUGUGUGGGCUCUGCUGAAGGAGAGGGUGGAUGAGGAUGCCCAGGUGGAUCGCGAGCAGCCUCAGACACGCAGGGAGCUCGUUGUGACGCCCACUCCCAUUGAGUGGCCCUGCGGAGGGCUCCUUCAGACCUUCUAUGGGACCUUCUCCCCUCCAGCCAUCCGGGGCCCUGCGCUGUUCUGUGUCUGGACUCUGGACCCUCAGGACUCGAGGCCACUGAGACUGGACCUGCAGCAGCUGGUGCUGGGACCCGGGGAUAGACUCACCGUGUACAACAAAGAGCAAGGCAAAGGAGACGUGAUUAAAAUUAUCACCAGCGCCUCCAAUUACAAAUCAGUCCAAGUUGAAUCCCAUACUGGCCUGCUGUCGUUGACGUAUGACACUCUUCCUGGUUCGGAGGGGAGCGGCUUCAACGCCACAUUCCACGUCGGGAACUACUGCCCCCCUUGGGAGGGCCGGUGUGGGGGAGCAGCAGGAGGUUGCUUUACUCAGGAGCAACGGUGCGAUGGGAAAUGGGACUGUCCUGAGACGGGGAAGGACGAGGAGGGAUGCAGGGGCUGCGGUCUGAACCAGUUUGCCUGUGGAGUGGCAGGGCAGAGAGCGGUGGCAUCCAAUCACUUUGCUGGCAGACCGGUGUGCUACCCCGUCACAGAGAGAUGCAACUACCAGCUGUACUGUGCCGAUGGCAGCGACGAGAGGGACUGCACCGUGUGCCAGCCGGGGACCUUUCAUUGUGACAGCGACAGGUGUGUGUUUGAGAGCUGGCGCUGUGACGGCCAGGUCGACUGUAAGGACGGAACAGACGAGCUCAACUGCACCGUCAUCCUGCCCCGCAAGGUCAUCACCGCGGCAACAGUGGGCAGCUUGGUCUGUGGGCUUCUGCUGGUUAUCGCCAUGGGCUGCACCUGUAAACUGUACUCACUCAGGACCAGGGAGUACAGCUUGUUUGCUCCAAUCAGCCGCCAGGAAGCUGAGCUAAUCCAGCAGCAGGCUCCUCCCUCCUACGGUCAGCUGAUUGCCCAGGGCAUCAUCCCCCCAGUGGAGGACUUCCCCACAGAAAACCCCAAUGAGACCUCGUCUCUUUCUCUGAGGGGAAUUCUCCAGCUCCUCCGUCAGGAUGCCGCCAACUCCCCACACCGCAGACGCAGACCCCGAUUCAUCCGCCGGGCUGUUCGUCGCAUGAGGAGGUGGGGUCUAAUCCCUAGACCUCCCUCCAGGCCGAGUCAGGCGUCAAGCUCCAGCCAGCAGCAGUCAGACGCUGCUCCAUCUGGUCAGGAAGCAGCUCACUCCUCUCCCACGAGCUCCUCUUCGGCUGUGGAGGCGGUCAACCAGCCGGUGCCUCAGAAACUGGGUUUGUUGGCUCAUUCAGAGCAGCAGCAGGAAGCAGCACCUCCUCUACUGCCGCCGCCUGUCGCUUCGCCACCUCCACCUCCGUACGCUCCCCCAGCUCCACCCUCGGUCACUCCCCACACUCCUCCUGUCGCCGUCCCCCCGAGCAGCCCCUCUCUGGCCUCCAUCUUCCACACGCUGGGCCUGAGUAUCUCCUUGUUCAGAGCUUCGCCCUCUUCCUCCACCAACUCCAUGCCCCUGUCCGCCUCCCCUUCUUUCUCCUCCUCCUCCUCCUCUUCAGAUGACGAGGUGCUGCUUAUCCCCCUUUCUGAAGACACCACUUCAGAGGAUGACGUACCCAUGCUCACCUGAAUGACUUCCUCACCCACCCAGUACCCCCUCAUCCCUUCUUUAUCUCCUUCACUCACUGAUGAUAACUGAAACCCAGUCUUUCCACAUUUGUUUGAACUUAAGCACAGGAGUGGCCCACGGCGAGACUCACCCUCACUGUGCAAGUCUGGUGCCUUUUUUGAAAUUGCUUUGAGUUGGAUUUGUUGACUUAUGGAAUCAACCUUUUUUUUUUUUUUUAAAAGACCUCCUUGAGAAAGAAUAAGUUUUAGACGAAAAGCAUGGCCGGCGUAUGUUUGAGAUUAAGUGUAGAUGAGUAUUGGAUGUGCACUUAAUUAAAGCUAGGCUGCACAUUGAAGGUAAACUUUUGCACAGAAGAAUCUUCCCUAUCUAGAGACUGAGGCAGGCUACUGUCAGAUUGAAUGAUUAGCAUUUUUAGAUAACAUGAUGGAAAAUAUUGUGUUUUGUAUGCCUGCAACUGUGUGAAUGCAUUUGCAUUUUAGUCUUACAUAGACAGUGGAGUAUUUUUGUAGAAGUGGAUUGUCUCCACAUACUUCUGUGACUUCUUCAGUCACAUGUUAUGUCACAGAUAGUUAUAAAAUUUUUUUUCCCCCUAUUUAAGUGCCUUUUUAGGAGUUUGUUGUAGAUGGCUCGAGGAAAUUUCGAUGAUUCCUGAAAUACACACUGCACACCAAAACACACGGAGGCACAUGUUUUCUCAAAUCAUAGCACGCAUUGACACAUCAGUGGCUUUAUUAUAACAUGAAAAAAAAAUGCAUGUCUACUCUGCAAGCUGGCAAUAACUUUUUGGGAUCCCUAUUUUAGUGCACAUUGAUUGCAACAUAACAGUGUGUAUUGAGUACACACACACACACGUACCCUUCCCAAGUGAAUGUAUGUGAUCUACAAAAGCAAAUGUGUCAAAAGACAAUCUCUUUGGUGCCUGAUUUUAAGAUGUGUGUGUGUGGUGUGCACAGGAAGAUGAGGCUCCCUAGUGAUGAAAGGGGCCCUGUAUUCACAAAAUAACCUCAACUUGAAUCUUCAACCCUUGAGGGGAAUCGAUCGCAUUCUGUCAUAUUUUGACACAACAGACUUGUGGUGUGCCAUUUUUAUUAUUGUAAAUUCUAUGGUUUUAUUUCAGCAAAUAACUUUUUUUCCCUCUUAAGUUGUUCUGUUUUGCUUUGUUGAAUGUAUUAUGGUCGUCGUGGAGUAGCCGGAAGUUUUUAAUUUGAAAUGUAAUGAGGUAAAUAAGAGAGAAAGUGAUUUUAUGGUUUGUUACGGUCAACUUCACUGUAUAUAAGUAAAAAUGUGGCUGAGAUUAAACGAUUUGCACUUUUA